UCGCCGCCCAAUUAUCGUGUUACGCCCUCAGGCUACAACUCAAGUAUUGUGGGUAUCAAGUACAGCCGUCUCCACUGGGCCUGUGUCGAUCAGACACGGUACCUUGACAAGGCGGAUCUCCCAACCGAUGCCAACACCCUUGUCGAUGCUGACAAGCUCAUCGACCUCAAUUGUGCUUGGCUGGCUGAUGAUGACUUGGAGACGGUUAUCCGUUCCAUCCAAGCCAGCCACCAGCGUGGUGGACCUCCUCCGAAGCGCAGGAUUACCAAGAAGGACAAGCUUGAGCGGCGGGAGGCAAAGGAAGCGCACCUGGCCCAUGGUCAGAGGGAUUAUUUGAUUAACCACAGGAAGGAGAUGGCAUUCAAGAAGGAGGACAACAAGAAGAACAAAUGGGUAAAGCUCAAGGAGAAGAAGCAGAGGAAAAUAGACAACAAGAUAUACAGGGAGUUUGAGUUGGAGAAUGGUAUGGAGGAGGGUGCAGCUCAGAGCUCUAAAUAG